AUGGCGUGCCUUAAAUUUACGGUAUUUUAUGUAUCCUUUGAAAUAACCUCACUCAAAUAUCAAUCUGUCGACAUUAACCACGUACUUACACUAGUGGCAAUGCAUCAUAACCAAAUGCACUUUAAUUCGCAGUAUCCCACUCGCUGCUACAUUACAAGGAAUCCUGAGAACUACUUGAUGAAGGUGGAAUGUGAGAUACCACUGUCCCUGCCAUUGUCCGAAAACCCAUACGAUGUGAUUCCGUAG